CCCAAACUCCUGGCCCAGCCUUGGUGUUCCCACCACUCCCUCUGGCUGGCUGCAGCGGGCCUGUUUCUGUUUCUCCUUGUGUGUCCCAGGUGCCAAGAUGGUGGGGGAACUGCGCUACAGAGAAUUCAGGGUCCCCCUGGGACCCGGUCUGCAUGCCUACCCCGAGGAGAUGAUCCGCCAGCGGGUGGGCCACGACGGCCACCCCGAAUUCCAGAUCCGCUGGCUCAUCCUGAGGCGUGGGGAUGAGAGCGAAGGGGCCUCCGGCCAGGUGGACUGCAAGGCCGAGCACAUCCUGCUGUGGAUGUCCAGCGAUGACAUCUAUGCCAACUGCCACAAGAUGAUGGACGAGGACGGCCAGGUCUUGGGGCCCUCGCAGGAGUCAGCGGGGGCCCUAGACAAGUCUGUGCUGGGCGAGAUGGAGGUCGAUGUGAAGGGCUUGAUUCAGAGGGCUCUUCGGCAGCUGGAGGAGUGUGUGGGCACCACUCCUCCGGCACCGCUACUGCACACCGCUCACGUGCUCAGUGCCUAUGCCAGCAUCGAACCCCUCGCGGGGGUAUUCAAAGACCCCAAGGUCUUGGACUUGCUAAUGCACAUGCUGAACAGUCCUGAUUAUCAGAUCCGCUGGAGCGCAGGCCGGAUGAUACAAGCCUUGUCCUCCCAUGAUGCUGGGACCCGGACCCAGAUUCUUCUGUCAUUGAGUCAGCAAGAAGCCAUUGAGAAACAGCUGGAUUUUGACAGCCGCUGUGCUCUGCUAGCACUGUUUGCCCAGGCCACGCUGGCGGAACAUCCCAUGUCUUUUGAAGGCAUUCAGCUGACACAGGUGCCGGGAAGACUGCUGUUCGCUUUGGUGAAGCAUUAUCUGCAAGCCACCUUCCUCCUGGACCAGCUGAACAGCAGCACUAGACAAUCGGGAGCCCAGAAUGAGGACUUGAGUAGGAACCGGAGUCGGCUGGAGCUGGAGUUCAGCAUGGUCAUGGGCACCCUGAUCUCAGAGCUGGUGCGGGCCAUGCGCUGGGAUCAGGCUGGCAACAGGACAGGGACUUGGUCACACUCCCCCGAUUCCAUCUUCCAGCCUCAGGGGGCAGAUGCUGAUGAUACACAGCUCCCAGCCGCCCAGGCUCAGCCCUUUGUCUACGGGUCAAAGAGAUUUCGCCCUCGCUCUCAGUUCGCCAGUGGCAAUACUUACGCCUUGUACGUGCGUGACACUCUGCAGCCUGGGAUGCGGGUGCGGAUGCUGGAUAACUUUGAGGAGAUCAGUGCCGGUGAUGAGGGCGAGUUCCGACAGAGCAACAGCGGCAUGCCACCUGCACAGGUGUUCUGGGAGUCAACAGGUCGCACCUACUGGGUGCACUGGCACAUGUUGGAGAUUCUGGGCUUCGAGGAAGACAUCGAGGACAUGGCCGUUGCUGAUCAGUAUCAGCAGACAGUGGGAGCCCUGGAUCAAGCCCUGCCCUCCCUGCGCUGGAAGCCCAUGAGCGAGCUCUAUGCCGCGCCUUACGUGCUGCCUGAUGAUGACGAUUCCGAGGAGAGGGAGCACCUGACACAGGCUGAGUGGUGGGAGCUCCUUUUCUUCAUCAGGCAGCUAGAGGAGUCGGACCACCAGGUCAUCUUGCAGCUGCUCCAGGAGAACUUGGAUGGGGAGCACAUUCUGGAUGAUGAGAUCCUCUCUGAGCUGGUCGUUCCCAUAGAGUUGGCCCAGGAAAUGAUGCUGUCUAUGCCACAGAAACUGGAUGACAACAGCCUUAGGGACCUCGUCAACUGCCGCAUCUACAGAAAAUACGGGCCUGCGGCCCUGACCAGCCAGGCAGCCUACCAGGCCUCUCUAGAAACUGAGCAACAGGUCCUCCCACCUGAAGCCCAGCCCCAGGAAUCGGAAGGUGCAGCCAAAGCAGAAGCCCAAGAAGCACCGUGCUGGAGCCCUGGUUCCCCUCUGCAGCGUCUGGCAGAGGAAUGCAGCCCCACUGGGAAAGUCCUCCUGGACCUGGAGCGGGCACUGGGCUCUGAGGGCAGUCGGGAGAGUGCUGUUGCACCCUGCCUGCUGCAGCUCCAGCGACACCCCCAGCCCUUCCUGGUGCUGAUGCAGAGCCUUGGCACACCUGCCACCAACCGGGCACUGCACCUGUCUGCUUUGAGAAUCCUGACACAGCUGGUGGACUUCCCUGAGGCCCUGCUGCUGCCCUGGCACGAGGCCAUGAGUGCCUGCAUGGCCUGCCUGCAGUCCCCAAAAACUGACCGAGAGGUGCUCCAAGAGCUAAUCCUCUUCCUACACCGCCUGACCUCGGCAAGCCGGGACUACGCCGUUGUGCUCAAUCAGCUGGGAGCCCGCGAUGCCAUCUCCAAGGCCCUGGAGAAGCACCAUGGGAAGCUGGAGCUGGCACAGGAGCUGCGAGACAUAGUGUUUAAGUGCGAGAAGCAUGCCCACCUGUACCGGAAGCUUACUACCAACAUCCUGGGUGGCUGCAUCCAGAUGGUGCUGGGCCAGAUCGAAGACCACAGACGAACCCACAGGCCCAUCAACAUCCCCUUUUUUGAUGUGUUCCUCAGACAUCUCUGUCAAGGCACCAGUGUGGAAGUAAAAGAGGACAAGUGCUGGGAGAAGGUGGAGGUGUCCUCCAACCCACAGCAGGCUGGCAAGCUGACGGACCGCAACCCCAAGACCUACUGGGAGUCCAGCAGCAGCUCUGGCUCCCACUUCAUCACCUUGCACAUGCGCCAGGGCAUCCUUAUUAGGCAGCUGAUCCUGCUGGUGGCCAGUGAAGACUCGAGUUACAUGCCUGCCCGGGUGGUCGUGUGUGGGGGUGACAACGCCAGCUCUCUCACCACAGAGCUCAACUCGGUGAACGUGUUGCCCUGUGCCAGCCGUGUGGUCCUGCUGGAGAACUUGACCCACCCUUGGCCUGUCAUCCAGAUCCGCAUCAAGCGCUGCCAUCAGGGUGGCAUGGACACACGCAUCCGGGGAGUGGAGGUCCUUGGCCCCAAAACUACAGGCUGGCCAGUGUUCCGGGAGCAGCUGUGUCGUCACACACGCCUCUUCUACAUGAUCCGGGCACAGUCCUGGAGCCAGGACAUAGCAGAGAACCGCAGGAGCCUGCUGCACCUGAGUUCUCGGCUCAAUGGGGCUUUGCGCCAGGAGCAGAAUUUUGCUGAUUACUUCCUUCCUGACGAUGAGGCCGCCCAAGCACUGGGCAAGACCUGCUGGGAGGCCCUGGUCAGCCCCCUGGUGCAAAACAUCACCUCCCCCGAUGAGGAGGGUGUCAGCCCCCUGGGCUGGCUGCUGGACCAGUACCUGGAGUGUCGGGAGGCUUCUCACAAUCCGCAGAGCCGCGCAGCAGCCUUCUGCUCCAGGGUGCGCCGCCUCACACACCUGCUGGUACACGUGGAGCCCUGCCAGGCGCCGCCGCCUCCAGUCAUCGCCACUCCUCGGCCCAAGGGCCGGAAUCGAAGCCACGACUGGAGCUCUCUGGCCACGCGGGGUCUCCCCAGCAGUAUCAUGAGAAACCUGACACGCUGUUGGCAAGCCGUGGUGGAGGAGCAGGUCCACAGCUUUCUGGUCUCACACUGGCGAGAUGAGAACUUUGUCCCGCGCUAUUGCGAGCACUUUUACAAUCUACGGAAGUCAAGCACUGAGCUGUUUGGGCCCCGAGCGGCCUUCCUGCUUGCACUGCAGAACGGCUGUGCUGCUGCCCUGCUGAGGCUCCCUUUCCUUGCAGCUGCCCACGUGAGCGAGCAGUUUGCCCGGCACAUUGACCAGCGUAUUCAGGGCAGCCGCAUUGGUGGGGCGCGGGGGAUGGAGAUGCUGGCACAGCUGCAGCGCUGCCUGGAGACGGUCCUCCUCUUCUCGGGCCUGGAGAUGGCAACCACCUUCGAGCAUUAUUACCAGCACUACAUGGCGGACCGUCUCUUGAGUAUGGGCUCCAGCUGGCUGGAGGGGGCCGUGCUGGAGCAGAUUGGCCUGUGUUUUCCCAACCGCCUGCCCCAGCAGAUGCUAAGGAGCCUGAGCACCUCUGAGGAGCUGCAGCGCCAGUUCCACGUGUACCAGCUCCAGCGGCUUGAUCAGGAGCUGCUGAAGCUGGACGACGCAGAGAAAAGGAUACAGGUGGGUGCCAGUGCCGGCAGCCAGGAGCCUGAGAGCCAGAGGAAGACUGUCAGGUCGGCUGCAGCUAUGAGGUUUUUGGAGGAAGAGGAGGAUAACAAGGACUUUUACUAUGAAGGAGUGAUGCCGGAAGUGUCUGUGCUUGUCCUGUCCCCCCGCUGUUGGCCUGUCUCCUCUAUAUCCCACAUCAUGGACCCCAGGAUCUGCAUACCUUCCUUUCUACGGGGCACUCUGAACCGAUACUCCAACUUUUACAGCAGGACUCAGCGCCACCCUGUCGUAGAUGGAGGUCUGCAGAGGCAAAUUCAGUGGACGUGGCUGGGCCGAGCUGAGCUGCAGUUUGGGGACAAUCUCCUACAUGUGUCCACCAUACAGAUGUGGCUGCUGCUGUACUUCAAUGAUCUGAAGACUGUCUGUGUGGACAGCCUGGUGGCACUUUCGGGGCUCUCUGUGGAACUGCUGAACCAGGCCAUCAGGCCACUGACCUCGUCCCGAGGCCCCUUGGACUUUCAUGAGCAGGAGAACAUUCCAGGAGUGUGUAUUUCAGGGGUGCUCAAGGUUCGAGAUGAGGAGCCAACACCUAGGAGGAGUAGCGUGUGGCUCAUCCCGCCCCAGACCUACAUGAAAGCUGAAGGUGAAGGGGGCCGCAACCUGGAGAAGAGACGGAACCUGUUGAACUGCCUCAUAGUCCGCAUCCUCAAAGCCCAUGGGGACGAGGGACUGCACAUUGACCAGCUAGUCUGCUUGGUGUUGGAGGCCUGGCGCAAAGGCCCAUGUCCACCCCGCAGCCUGCUCUACAGCCUUGGCAAGAACUCCACCUGCAGCAGCACCGACGUCCUCUCAUGCAUUCUGCACCUGCUGGGCAAGGGCACGCUGAGGCGCCAAGAUGAUCGGCCCCAGAUCCUAAUCUACGCGGUCCCUGUGACUGUGAUGGAGCCCCACCUGGAAUCCCUGAGCCCAGGCUCCUUGGGCCCAAAUCCCCCCCUCACCUUCCAUACUCUGCAGAUUCGCUCUCGGGGGGUGCCCUAUGCCUCCUCCACUGGCACCCACAGCUUUUCCACUUUCCGAUAGCUAUGGGAGAGUCUGGAAGUGGGGCUUUCUACAGAAUAAAACACAAGCAUUUGAUU